AUGCAUCCCAACGGCGACGAAUGGAGUACAUCGGAAGGCAUUACUCGGGCCUUGACUCGGGCCUUGUUCGAUUGCGUUAAUGAUGCCACGAUGGAAUGCUUGGCAGAAAUGGAGCGUGAGCGUGCAGCGGAGGCGGCGCGUAUCCCUCGGCCGAUUCGACGUCGGACGUUUGUCCCCCGCGAGCACGACGUGGCUCACCAACGUCUGUUCGCAGACUAUUUUGCCAAGCAACCACGGUGGGGCCCAACGGUUUUUCACCACCAUUUUAGAAUGCGGCGAGAUCUUUUUCUCCGCAUUGUCCGGACGUUGGAGGGACGUGAUGAAUACUUCCAGUAUCGGGAAGACGGCAUCGACAGAUCCGGACUUGCACCGUUGCAGAAGUGCACGGUUGCUAUUCGGAAGUUGGCCUACGGCGCCACGACGGACAUGUUCGACGAGUACCUUCACGUCGGGGAGACAACUGGCCGCGAUUGUCUGAAUAAUUUAUAA